GUGAUCUGGUCAUUUCACAUCAAUCAGAAACCCCUUGGGUCCACCGUCCCCUCCGUCCCAAAACCCUCUCAUAUCAAACCGCCAUUUUCCUCCGCUCUCUCUCGCCGGCAAUCUGAACCGUCAGAUUCCGAUGAAAUCGUUACCCACUCUCACCGUCGCUGGAUUUCUAUCUCGAUUUCUUUCCAAUUGUACCUUUUAAUCAACAAAAACAAGUUUUUCAUUUCUCAGCGGAAGUUAAACAACCAUGGGGAAGAACUCUCGACAGAAGUGGACUCAGAAGCAGAGCAAGCACAGCUCAAACGACGCCGCAUUAGACCACUCGGAUUCAGAAGAGGAGAUAGAUAUAGUUGACGAAGAAGUUAGCGAAGUAAAAACGAAAAAGAGCAGAAAUGGUAAAGAAGAGAGCUCGGUUAGGGUUUCUAAGGAUUCGCGCCCCGGUGAGAAGCGAAGACCGCGAGAGCGUGGCAAUGGCGUCGAAUAUUCGGCUGAGGUCGAGCACACUGCUUCGAAGAGGAGAAGAGAUAGUGAGAGGAAGGAUGGGAAGGAGAAGGUUCCAGAAGUUCGUAGAGGAACGGAAGACACUGAGAUGCUUCUGAAACAUGAGGUGCGAAAUCCUGAGCUAAAGAAGGAGCUUGAGAAACAUAUUAGCAGGAGCAGGGAUGGCUCUGUUGAGAAGGGAAAAUAUAAAGAUUAUGUGAGAGAUGAUAAUGAAGAUUCAGCUGAGGUCGAGUACAUUGCUUUAAAGAGGAGAAAAGAUAUUAAGAGGAUGAGGAAGGAUGUGAAGGAGAAGGUUCCAGAGGUUGGACAAGGAAUGGAUGACACAGAGAGGUAUUUGAAAGAUGAGGUGCGAAAUCCCGAGUUAAAGGAGGAGCUUGAGAAACAAAUUAGGAGGAACAGAGAUGGCUCUGUUGACAAGGCAAAAUAUAAAGAUUAUGUAAGAGAUGAUAAUGAUAGUCGGCGGUCUUCAACGGGCAAGCAUGCCAAGGAUAGAAGAUACAUGGAUGAUGAAAAUUAUAAAGACAAGUAUGGCGAAGAUGCUGACAGAAGUUAUAAGGUGAAGCACGGAGAAGACGGUGACAGAAGCUAUAAGGUUAAGCACGGAGAAGACGGUGACAGAAGUUAUAAGGUUAAGCACGGAGAAGACGGUGACAGAAGUUAUAAGGUUAAGCACGGAGAAGACGGUGACAGAAGUUAUAAGGUUGAGUAUGGAGAAGAUGGUGGCAGAAGUUAUAGGGUUAAACAUGGAGAAGAUGCAGAGAGAAGUUAUAAGGAUAAGUAUGGAGAAGAUGGUGCCAGAAUUUAUAAGGUCAAGUAUGGAGAAGAUGGUGAUAGAAGUUAUAAGUAUGGAGAAGAUGGUGACAGAAGUUAUAAGGAUAAGGAUGGAGAAGAUGUUGGCAGAAGUUAUAAGGUAAAACAUGAAGAAUAUGGUGACAGAAGUUAUAAGGAUAAGGAUGGAGAAGAUGCUGACAGAAGUUAUAAGGUAAAGCAUGGAGAAGAUGGUUGUGACAGAAGUUAUAAAGAUAAGUAUGGAGAAGAUGGUGACAGAAGUUAUAAGGUCAAGUAUGGAAGAGAUGGUGGCAGAAGUUACAAGGAUGGAUAUGGAGAAGAUGCUGACAGAGAUAGGAGGCACAGGGAUAGCAAGCCUAAGGAAGAUGUUGAUUGGAAGAAAACACACUGGGAAGACAGGCACAAGGAUGAGCCUGCCUUAAUAGAUCACAAUGGUGACAGGUCAGGUACUAAGUACACAAGGGAUAAAAGUAAUGCUGGUGGAAUUCAAUAUAAGAAAUCAAGAUUUGAUAGUCGUAAUUAUGACGACGGUCAAAACACUAGAUACAGUGAUGAUAGGGGAAAGAGAGAUGAUGAUAAAGAGGACCAAAUCUACAGUAGGUGCCUAAGUACCAGGGAACAUGCUGAUGCAGAAAAGAAAAUUACAGGCAGAGGCAUGGUAAAGUCUGUUGAUGAUAAAGAAGAUUCUCACAAAUGCUGUGUUGAUGCAGACUUUAAUGCAAGUCGUAAAAGACAGAUUAGUUUCCCUAGCUCCUAUUCUCAUGUUGCGAAAGACCAAUGCAGGCACUCAAGGGAAGCAGAAUUGAUGUCUGGUGACUCUGAACCUCAAGAAAGGGUUAGGCAUAGUCUCCAUUUUAAGGAGGUUGCAGAUGUUUGUGGAGUACUCAAACAGUCUUCUUUGUCUAAGCCUACCAAUAGACUGAUUGACAAGGAUGACAGCCAUUUAGGUGACUCAUCCGCUGAAAGGUGCUUGAAUCCUGAUGCCUGUGCUUCUGCUGUGCAUCUAGUUGAUGAUUCUAAGUUUACCACACGGUAUUAAGGGGAGUUUUGAUAGUAAAGAAUUUGGAAAGAGGAGUGGUGUUACCAAGGACAGAGACUCGUCUGGUACUGAAGGCAAAGGAAAUUUGCAGCCGCCUUCAGAGACACCUCCUACAGGUGAGUUAUCCCGUGAAGAUAUUGAUGGUUUCUCUUCUUUAUCUUCUGUCAAAGCUGAUCAAUUGCCUAGCAACUCAUGGUCCAAUUUUCCUCCACCUCGCCAUCGA